AAUUAGAAAGGAAGAGGCCGAACACCCUCUUUUCCUCUUGUUUGUUCCUACAUGCUUUCAAUUUAGGCAUGAACAACAUAUCAUCUUAAACAGUGCUAUAGUCUCAGUGGCUAGUUAUCUUCAAUUACAACUAAAAAGAAUGGCAUCACAAGCAGAAUUAAGCAUGGAUUGCGAGCCUCGUAGCUAUUCCACGUUGCUGAAGUCAUUUGCUGAUCAAACAGAUCAAACCUACAAGCUCGAAGAAUUCCUUUCUCGCUUAGAGGAAGAACGUCUCAAGAUUGAUGCCUUCAAGCGCGAGCUUCCUCUUUGCAUGCAACUCCUUACCAACGCUGUGGAGGCUUCAAGGCAGCAACUUCAGGCCUUCAGAUCAAAUCAAGGCACAAGGCCGGUUCUGGAAGAAUUCAUACCAAUGAAGCAUUCAAACUCGCAAGAAAUUAUUCAGUCUCAUGAAAAGGCAUCAAACAUUUGUGAUAAGGCAAAUUGGAUGACAUCGGUUCAACUAUGGAGCCAAGCAAGCGAAGGAACCAAACCACAAUCCACAAUCACAUCUCCAAAAGAAGCUGAUAUUGGGUUUAGCGUAAGCCCUAAGCAAGCACUAAACAACAAACAUAAGAACGGAGGAGCAUUCCUACCAUUCUCAAAAGAAAGAAACUCGUGCCAAGGAUUAAGGGGUCCUUCUGAGAAAGAAAUGGAGGACAAGAAAUGUGAAAAGGCAGAGAAGAACUGUGGAGGGGUUGUUGAACAGGGAAAAAGUGCUGCAGUUGUAUCUGAGGCACAAACCACAAAUCCUACUGUCACCACAAUAAUCAACACCGGUGGCCAAACACAAAGGAAAGCAAGAAGGUGCUGGUCACCGGACUUGCACCGCCGAUUUGUUCACGCUCUUCAAAUGCUCGGUGGAUCACAAGUAGCCACCCCAAAACAGAUUAGGGAGUUGAUGAAGGUUGAUGGUUUGACCAAUGAUGAAGUUAAAAGCCAUCUCCAGAAAUAUAGGCUUCACACAAGAAGACCCAGUCCAAGCAUACAAAAUGGAGCACCCACACCCCAGCUUGUAGUCCUUGGAGGAAUUUGGGUACCACCGGAGUAUGCCAAUACUGGUGGUUCAGCAAUAUAUGCCACCCACCCUACCUCACAUGCGCCACCACCACACUAUUGUGCGGCCACCCCAGUACCCCAAGAGUUCUACAGUGCUACUCCGUCUCCGUCGUUGUUACCGUUGCCGCCACACCACCAUCUUCACAUGUACAAGACGGUGCCGCAGAUUGGGUGCUCACCGGAAUCCGAUGUUCGGGGCGGUGACUGCUCAGAAAGCAUAGAGGAUGGGAAGUCAGAGAGUAGUAGUUGGAAAGGAGAGAGUGGAGAGAACAAAGGAGAAAAGAUAGGGUUGGCUGCACUUAGAGAGCAAGAUGGGGAAGAGAGCACUGGGAGUGAGAUCACUCUCAAAUUCUAGGGUUUUUGUGGUUAUUAUGAGCAUUAUUUUAAGAAUUAGGGUUUUUUCUUUUGCCUUUUUCUUUUUGACCUCGCAUGCUCAUGCAUCCCAUGUUCAACUAUUCAUUUAACAAGAGUGGAAGGAAGUAUUAAAAAAAA